UCUGGAGCAUGGCCCCCCUCCCUGCCCCAACCCCAUCUGUUGAUCUCUGGGUCCCUUCCCCCCACAACCCUGAUGUCCAAGGUCAUCCUUUCAUUGCUGAGACUGCAGGUUUAAAGGGAUUUAGGAGCAAGAGCCCCUCCUUCCCCACUAGCAAACCCAAGGAAGGAGUCCUAUCCCCCUUGAACCUCACCUAGAUAUAGGGAACAUUGAGCCUCACCGACCCCAGAUUGCCAAAUUCCAUGCCCCCAGGUGACAGAUAAGACAACUCAGAGGAGGCAGUGACCUAGAGGUCACAUGGCCUUUUGGGGCCACCUGGGUCCCUGUCUGACUGCUCUGACUUCGGGACCUGGAGGACAGAGGCUAAUGCAGGUGGAGGAAAGGGUGGGGUGAUCUGGCGCUCUGCCCUUUGGUCCAGAAGUGGCCUCUAUCUCUUUCUGCCGAUAACAACCUCAGGGAAGGAGGGGGGAAGCUGUCCAGGGGCUCCAAGGUUCCUUGUGUGCGCUUGGGAAGCUGCUCCCCUGGCCUCAGAGCCGAAUGAGAUAAGGCAGAGGAGGCCCUGAGGCUGGCACAGUGGGCGCUUGGCAGACGCCACAGUCAUCACUCUUUUGUGGCUGAGCUCCUGUCCCCCUCCCUCAUUUGUCUUUGAACCUCCAUUGCUGGGAGUAUGUUCUAGUGGCCAGAAGGUGUAGGAAGUAAGGGUCCCCUGACCCACAGCCACCUAGGUGGGAGUGAGACUCCACAGGAAAGGCUUGCCGCAGGUGGCAGGGAAAGGAACAGGCUCCUCCAGCUCUGGGAAGACCUGGGUUCUCAGAGGGGCCGACACUGCCCCAUGCAUACAUAUUUAGCCUUGUCUGGGGACAUUUGUGGUUGUCCCACUGGAAGCUCCUGGCCUGGAGUGAGUGGAGGCCAGAGGUGCUGCUCAGCACUGUGCAGGGCCCAGGACAGCCACUCCAGUGAACGGACUGUGCCCGCAUCAGCAGGGCGGAGCCUUUACAAAGGUCAUAGCCACUCAGCUCUCCCAGCUCCCCAGGGAUCAAGUCCUGGUGACACAGGGUCUUACUUUCACAUUUUUUUGCAUCACUCAGAUUCAAGCACUGCCUUCCUAUUCCCAGCACCUCCCACGGGACCUGGAAUGAAGUUCUUAUAAUUGCAGAUGGUCACUUAUUCACUCAACAAAUGCUCUCUGGGCAACUGCUUUGUGCUCACUGCACAACUGAGCCCUGGUUCAGAGCCCAGGUCCCUGCCUGCCCUUGGGGUGCUCACAGCCCAUGAGGAAGAAGGACAUGCCCACCAUCUGCACACAGACACCUCAGGGCUAGUGGCCCUGGGGCUGAGCGCCCCAGUGGCGGCUCGGGCAUCCUGGAGGCAUUGCUGGGGCUCUGGCAGGAGGUGCUGGCCUCCGGGUGCUACUGGAUGGUCCCUGUCUCCUGUAGGAGUCGUCAUUCUGCUAAGCUUGUACCUUCUGUUCGGCUACGGGGCAUCUCUACUGUGCAACCUGAUCGGAUUUGUAUACCCUGCAUAUGCUUCAGUCAAAGCCAUCGAGAGCCCAAGCAGAGACGACGAUACCGUGUGGCUCACCUACUGGGUGGUGUACGCUGUGUUCGGGCUGAUGGAGUUUUUCAGCGACCUACUCCUGUUUUGGUUCCCUUUCUACUACGCGGGCAAGUGCGCCUUCCUGUUGUUCUGCAUGACGCCGGGGCCCUGGAACGGGGCUCUAGUCCUGUAUCAUCGCGUGGUGCGUCCAGUGUUCCUAAAACACCACGCGGCCGUGGACAGCGCCGUGAGCCAACUCAGCCGCCGAGUCCUGGACGCGGCAGGCGGAAUAGCCAGGGACGCCAAGGCAAGCCAGAGCCCGCAGCUGAAGGACAAGUGAAGCCGCCCUCCAGCUCUGGCACGGACCAGUCCAGCAGGAAGGGGCGCACACCAGGCACCCAGCUCCCCACACCAGGCACCCAGCUCCCCACACCAGGCACCCAGCACCCCAAUUCAGGCACCCAGCACCCCACAUCAGGCAUCCACCACUCCACAUCAGGAACCCAGCACCCCACAUCAGGCACCCUGCACUCCACAGCAGGCACCUACCACCCCACAUCAGGCGCCCAGCACCCCACAGCAAGAACCUACUACUCCACAGCGGGCACCCAGCACCCAACAUCAGGCACCUACCACUCCACAGCAGGCACCCACCACCCCACGGAGCCCUCCACAGAUUCCCAGGCAGAGCCUCGCGCGGGGCACUCAAGUCCCAUCCGGCCCACCGGGAGCCCCCUCUCUGCUGCCUCCACAGAGUCUCACUCGCUGACCACCCCCAGCUCCAUGUCCCAGGGCCAGGCAGUCUCUGGCUCUACCAGUGGCUCCCAGGUGGCCAGAAAGACACAGAUUCAGCCCCAGCCGCGCACUGGCUUCUCCAACUCGGCCCCGGUGCCCUCCCCACAGGCCCCGGGGUCCUCAGGGACCGGGUGGGGCCCCAGCACCACCUCCAACCAGGACCCGUCCCUUGGCCAGUCUCCUAGUAGCGCCACCACCCCCUCGCAGCCCCCCAGCAAGCUGCCCAGUGGGCCCCGGAACACAGCCUCCAAGGGCAGCUUCCGGCAGCAGAAGGAGGCCGCCACCAGCACCUCGGGACCCAGGUCGCCCGUCCCUUCCCACUCCGAGUCCUCGCUGGAGUGCUCCUCAGAGUCCACCACCGAGAUCACCUACAGCUGGCCUCACUGCCGACACCAGCUGCCCUGCCGCCGGCCCUGUUGGCUCCUGAAACGCCUGGCCUACUAGGCACCAGCUGGACGUGCCCAAUAAAGUUCCGGCCCCAG